AUGGCGGGUACAUCAAGCUGCCUCAUGCUACAGAAACAGGAGAUGAUGUAAUGAGGUGUUAAGUCAAGGCUCAUACUACUUAUCAUCACGACCAGAGAGGACAGAGGGAAGAUGGAGGAGGGUGGGGGGGAGAAGCGAAGGAUGGAGGGGGAGAGAAGGGAUGAAAUAGGUAGUUGAAGGUGGAAAGGAUAGGAAUGUUGCUGCUUUAGUCCAAAUAGGAUACAUCCACUCCCUACUGCUCUUCACUAGUGCAUAGGGACUAGGGUUUGAUUUGGGACUUGGACAUCCUCUUCUCAUUUCAGUCAGUCAGGAAGUUAGUCUGUCCGUCUGUUAGUUGUGCUCCUUGACCUCCCUGCCUCUAGGUGGGUUAGAGUCAGUCUGUUAUUCAGUCAGUAUGUUAUUCAGUCAGUCUGUUAGUCAGUGUAUUAGUCGGUCAGUCUGUUAGUCGGUCAGUCUGUUAGUUGUGCUCCUUGACCUUCUUGCCUCUAGGUGGCGUGUUCUUUGUCCAGGAGAGCUUCGUCCUGCAGCACGCGUCGGCCAUCUUUGAGUGGGUGUUCUGCAUCAUCAUCAUGCUCUUCUACGGAACCUUCGCCUUCGAGUUCGCCGGCGUCACAGGAGAGACUGUGAUGGUGCUCGCCAGAGGGGGAGCCCUGGGGCCGAACGGGAGAGAUCACAAAGUGGAGUCCCGAGGAGGUCCCAUUCCACACCCCCCUGAGACCAUAUCAAUGCUGUAG